AUGGGCAUGCCCAGAGGCCUUCUCUCUGCCUGGUGCCAGAGAUUCAACAACUAUGAAGCGCCACUCGACCUCCUCGGCCCUCACAAUGCCACCGAGACCCUAGACGCCUGGACCGUAUCUGGUGUGGUCAGGGUCUUGGUGGGCGAGGACCGAACGGUGUUCCCGCCCCGUCUCCGUCUCCGGAUUGUGGAGCACGAAGACUGGCGCCUGUGGUCCGUGCAGACAAAACGGUACAACUGGCACGUCGCUGACGCUGGCCCGCCGCCGCCGUUCAUCACCCAGACCCUUGCCGCCGAGAUUUACACGGGCGCGUUGGAGCACAUCCAUUACCGAGUCACGGACGCCACUCGGCAGCAGAUCUCGCUCCUUCCCAGCAACGAGAUCCUCGACCUUCCGUUGGACGGUGACGCUGUCUUUCACUGCGACUACUCUUUUCUUGGAGAUCCGUACGACAUCGCACCCGUGCGCAGCUUUGCCGAGCUCGAAGAGAGUGAGGAAGACGAGGACGACGAGCCAGAGGCCGACGCCGACGCCGACGACUUCGAGAACGAGAGCUCUGACACCAAGAAGGACGAGAGCCAGGCCCGGUUCAGCGAGGGAAAGGGCGAUUACGACAGCGACUACGACAUUGGCGACGCUGACGAGAGCGACCUCGACGAGAGCGGCAGUGUCUACGGAGGCGAGGACAGCGCUGUCGAUCACGAGAGCUGCCACGGCGACCACAACGACGCAGAGCCUUGCACCGACUCCUCUGAGGAUCUCAUCGAGUUCUCGAGCAGCAGCAACAGCUCCGACGACGACCCGUUCUACCUCGAGCGCCGCUACGCGACCGUCCUGAUGGCUCCUUCCGGCCCCAAGGCCCAGCAGCAAGCUGCGGCUUCGAACAAUGCUUCCACAAACAGCUCGACUCCGGCCCCUGCCGCAGAGCCCCAGGUUCCCAAGGGACCUCACCCUGGCCACAUGCAGGUGUCUUGCCAGUACACCAGCGAGCAGCGCUUGCGCCGCAUGCUGAGAGACAACAAGAGCGAUCCAGCUAGGGAGGACAGCUACCGUCUCCAAGGAGUGCAGUUGAUCGAUAACGUCCGCAACGUGCUCCAUGUACCGGUCAAGACGUUCGAUACCGCCUGCGUGUACUAUCACUGGUUCCGCCUGUCGUUCCGCGACGCCGAGUACAACUAUCAGGAUGCCGCUAUGGCCUCGCUCUUCCUCGCUUGCAAGGUUGAGGACACCAUCAAGAAGUCCAAGGAGAUUCUGUGCGCUGCGUACAACAUUAAGAAUCCGGAUCAUCCUACAACUCAAGAUGACAAGAUGUUCGAGCAACCUUCCAAGAUCGUCAUCGGCCUAGAGCGCCUGAUUCUCGAGACCGUCGGAUUCGACUUUCGUUGCCGCUACCCGCAAGCCUCUCUUCAAAAGGUCACCAAGCAGAUCAUGGGUGCUGAUGCCAAAGAAAUCUUCGCUAUUGCUAUGGAAAUGAGCAUCGACCUCUACAAGACCUUUGCUCCUAUCAAGCAGCCUUCCUUCGCGAUGGCCCUCGCCCUGCUCGAGCUCACCGCUCGCCUUCUUGGCACUGGCGUCGACAAAAUCGAGAAGGUCGACCUCUCCGUCUACCAUACCACCCGUCAGAACAUCGUCGAGACCAUGCUCGACCUCCUGGACCUCUACACCCAGCACCUCAAGUCCACGAAGCUCGGCAACCGCUUCGACCUGAACAAGUUCAUCGAGGUCAAGAUCAUCAUUAACAGUGAGGUCGACAACGAUGACAAACUCGUUCGGUACGCGCACUGGUGCAAUAACUGCGACGGCGGCGAGGACGAGAACCUAUCCAACGGCGUCUCCGUCCUCAAGAACAUCAGCUUCUUUGGUAGCAACUCCGCUAAGCGCAAUGGUCGCAAUCAGGACGGCACCAUGCGCUUCGUCUUCGACCCGGAGCAGGCGCGCUGCGAGCGCCGCGAGGUCGAGCCCUACUUCAAGGACGAGUAUGAGGAUUACGAGGUCGAGGUCGAGGUGCCCAUGGAGCCUGAGGGCAAGAACCACAACCACCGCGACAUGAAGCGUGAUGGAGGCUGGGGCGGUGGUCGUCGCAAUCACCACCACGAUCGUCGCAAGGGCCGUGGAUACUACUGA